UCUCGGUAGGCGCUCAAAACCAUCAUAAGCGCGUAUCCUAUAAAAUGGAAACAUUUUCUAGCAUUCAUGUAUUUGUGAUAGCAUUUCUUUCACACGUUUUCUUGGAGGGAAGCCAGAACGAAUUUGAUAGAAUAAGUAUGGAGAUUGGAAGGCACAGUCUCGCAGUUCUGGUGCUGUCAGUGGCAUCUGUUGUACUCAUGAAACAACUCCAAACAUGGAAAGACAUGUCUCGAAUUUCUGAUGAACCCGUGGUCCUAGCCACUGGCGGUGCUGGCUUCAUUGGUUCACACAUAGUAGUGGAGCUGCUCAAUAAUGGAUUCAGCGUUGUUGUUAUUGACAAUUUGGUGAAUGCUUUAAAAGGAAAUGAUGGAGGUCCCAAACCUGAAUCAUUGAGAAGAGUUGAAAAAAUUACAAACAAGACUGUGACUUUUUAUAAUGUUGAUUUACUUGAUAUUGAUGCAUUAAAGAGUGUUUUCUUAAAGCACAACAUUGUAUGUGUCAUUCAUUUUGCUGCUCUAAAAGCUGUGGGUGAAUCCUGUGAAAUUCCACUCACUUAUUACAAAAACAAUGUAAUGGGUUCAAUUAAUCUGCUUGAGGUUAUGAAAGAAUUUAAUGUGAAGAAGCUUUUAUUUUCUUCUUCAGCAACUGUGUAUGGUCUGCCACAGAAGUUACCACUCACAGAAGAUCAUCCUACUGGUCAAGGGUGCACAAAUCCUUAUGGAAAAACCAAGUACUUUAUCGAGGAAAUUCUUCAAGAUCUCUGUGCAUCAGACAAGACUUGGAGCGUUGUUGCUCUGCGUUACUUUAAUCCUAUAGGAGCCCACAAAAGUGGUUUGAUUGGAGAAGACCCCAAUGGUAUUCCCAGUAAUUUGAUGCCAUAUAUUGCCCAAGUUGCUACUGGGAAAAGAGCUGAACUAAAAGUAUAUGGCAAUGACUAUGACACACUGGAUGGAACAGGUGUACGCGACUACAUUCAUAUUGUUGACCUUGCUGAGGGACACAUCAGUGGUAUGAAAAAAGUAAUGGACAAAGCAUUUAGUGGGUGGCGGGUUUACAAUUUAGGAACUGGCACUGGCUAUUCAGUUUUACAAAUCGUUCAUGAGUUUGAAAGUGCAAGUGGAAAAAAAGUGCCAUAUUCUAUUGUUGAGAGGAGACCAGGAGAUGUUGCAUCAUCAUAUGCUGAUCCUACUCGGGCAAAGAAAGAGUUACAAUGGACAGCAAAACGCACUCUGUCAGAUAUGU